AUGACGACUCGCGCUUUUUUCAUUCUCUUUUUUUUUCGGUAUGCCGCUCCGCCAGCAAGGAGCGAAAGAACCAAGUGGUUUGUGGUAAUGUCAGAAUUUGCACCUAUUUGUCUCUCAUUCGUGAUCAGUCUGCUAGUUUCUUUGAUCUUCCUCGGUCUUCUUUUUGUUAAUCCAUCACAAACUACACGAAAGUUGCCCCCUUAUUUUCUCUUUGUUUUUCUUAUGGCUCUCGCCUGUAGCAUUCCGAUUGCCUUUUGUGCCAGGGCCGACGACGGUGCCGUACCUUCCCCUUCGGAUUUAUUAACGUAUACAUCCGACAUGCUCGAAGACUCGGCAAGUUCCGGGCGUAGUAGUAGUACCUCAGCGGUCAAUCAACCGCUUCCGGGGGAACAAGCUAUGCCUCCCGCUCUUCCUGUUAUGCAGGAAGCUGCUAAUCGGGCUCUGCCCUACCCCUAUCAAAAUAAUGAGAUUAUAGGGGGGGACAGUGUUGAAUCCAUCCAACGGAGGCUUUUGGGGAGAUUCCCCUCUCCUUCAGCCCAUGAGAUUCAAAUGGCCCGGAUUGAAGCCGAAGACCUAUUCGAGGUCAAGGUCGAUAUUUGUCAGGUCAUGGCGGGCCUUCACCCAAGCGGGGAUUGGAUGGGACGGGGGGCUAGAGCUCUGGAUAAUCUUCGUACCGCCACUGGAGAGGAGUCCUUAAGUAAGCUCCUUCGAAUGCGGGAGGACCUACAGACUGCGGGUUUGCAGUCCGCAACCUUCCGGCAAUUGGCCGACAGAGUGGCAUUCCGGGCGGAUGGAGAUCAACACUCUGCCACCUAG